UCAAUUCACAUGUAUAUAUAUACAGAGCUUCAUUCAUGGUUUCCACACAUUUGAUGCUUUCUGCUGAUUCAGUGAGUGGCAAUGGAUUUGAGCAUCUUACUUGCCUUGGUGCUCCUGUCCAUUUUUGUGCUUUCAGCUUUCAUCUUGCUGAAGAAAACAUGGGCUUCACCAAAAGAAAUGGAGGAAAUCCCAGGUAGCUUGGGUUGGCCUAUUGUAGGUGAAAGCUUCUCAUUCAUUUCGAGCUUUUCUAGUCCAUCUGGUAUUUUCAGCUUCAUGAACAACAGGCAGAAGAGGUAUGGAAAAGUAUUCAAAUCUUUCGUCUUGGGGAGAUUCACUGUCUUCAUGACAGGGAGAGAAGCAAGCAAGAUAUUGCUAACAGGAAAAGAUGGGAUGGUGAGCUUGAACCUCUUCUAUACAGGUCAGCAGGUGCUAGGCCCUUCCAGCUUGCUCCAGACCACCGGAGAAGCACAUAAACGGAUUAGACGGCUGAUUGCUGAGCCCCUGUCAAUUGAUGGCCUGAAGAAAUAUUUCCAAUUCAUCAAUAUGCUGGCAGUCCAGACGUUGGAUCAAUGGCCUGGACGAACAGUUCUUGUUCUUGAAGAGGCUUCUACAUUCACUCUCAAAGUGAUUGGAAACAUGAUAAUGAGCUUAGAGCCCACAGGCGAGGAGCAGGAAAAAUUUCGGGCCAAUUUCAAACUCAUUUCUUCCUCAUUUGCAUCUAUGCCAUUUAAAAUUCCAGGGACAGCUUUUUAUAAGGGUAUCAAGGCACGGGAUAGGAUGUACGCCAUGUUAGAUUCCACAAUUUCCAAGAGAAGAAAUGGAGAAAGCAUCCAACAAGAUUUCCUGGAAUCAUUGGUAAUGAAACAUAGCAAAGGAGCAGGUGGAGGAGAUGCUGAAGAAAAACUCACUGAUUCACAGUUGAAAGACAAUAUCCUAACUCUGUUAGUUGCUGGUCACGACACCACAACUGCUGCUCUCACAUGGCUGAUCAAAUUCCUUGGAGAAAAUCCUGCAGUUCUGGAACAACUCAGGGAGGAACACAGAAAAAUCCAAGCAAACAGAGAGGUUGGAGAAUAUCUCACAUGGUCUGAAGUUAACAGUAUGCCUUACACCAACAAAGUAAUUAGUGAAACUCUUAGGAGAGCCACGAUAUUACCUUGGUAUUCAAGAAAAGCAGCCCAGGAUUUUGAGAUUGGCGGAUACAACAUCAAGAAAGGUUGGUCAAUUAACCUGGAUGUCGUGUCCAUCCACCAUGACCCAGGAGUUUUCCCCAAUCCCCAAAAGUUUGACCCUUCCAGAUUUGAUGUACCACUAAGGCCUUUCAGCUAUCUUGGUUUUGGUAGUGGACCGCGUAUGUGCCCUGGAAUCAACCUGGCCAAACUUGAAAUAUGCAUUUUCAUUCAUUACCUGGUCUGCAGAUACAAGUGGAGACCUCUGGAGAAAGAUGAAUCAGUGCAACCAACACUUGUACGAAUGCCAAAAAACAAGUAUCCAAUUCUUGUUGAGCCUGUGUGAAAGUUUCUGUCAAAGAAAAUCCUAAAGCAUAGAAAGACAAGAACAGAGGAAGUGAAUAUAAAAGCUUAAGCAGAAGGAGAAGAAGACCAAACAACAUUAUCCCCUGGAACACACCUAUCUUAUACUAAAAUCAACUGUCCCGUUUAGAGACAUACUGAUCCAUUGCUUUAUCAAAUAAUGUAACAACUUCGAAACUUUCCAUUUUGGUGAAUGAGAAAUAAGAGGAGUCCAUAUAAGUGGUACGGAAGCCAGCCAUUGCUCAUUC